AUGUUUCACAAUUUGACCAGACUGGAGACUCUGAUGCUCCUUGGCUGCAGGAUCGACUACCUGGAAAAGGACCUGAGCAAAGACUUACAGUCAUUGAGAGAAUUACGUUUGGUUAUUAACAAUGAGCUUACAAUCAUGGAAGUAUUCCCUGAGCCCCUGAAAAGCCUAAAGUAUCUGCUUAUACAAGAUCUACUUUUACAAUGCAGUUGCAACAAUGCUUGGUUUGAUAACUGGGCGAAACGGAAUCGACAAGUUCAGGUCAUGUUUUGGGAUUCUACAUUGGGAAUGAAGGAAAUAAAUUGCAUAGGUGAGCAUGGCACUCAGAACUUCCUCAAAUACUCCCAAAUCCAUUGUUCAAUGGAUGUAGGAUUCAUUUUGUUUGCUUCUAACACCCUGGGUCUCCUGCUCUUCAUGCUGGUGGUGCUGCUACAUCACCUGGCUGGCCAGUAUCUGCUGGCUCUAUUUUACAUCACUCGCGGCUGGUUGGAAGAGGCCGUGUUUCGGAACAACAAGAGACGCUACAGGUACGACGCCUUUGUCUCUUACAGUGGGAAAGAUGAGCGCUGGCUGGGGAAGGACAUUGUGGACAACAUCACAGAUUCUCUCUACAGCAGCCGCCGGACUGUAUGCUUGGUCAGCCGCGACUACCUCCGCAGCAACUGGUGCUCUUUGGAGAUGAAGCUAGCCACUGACCGGCUGCGGGUGGAGCAAAGGGACAUCCUCAUCCUGGUCUUCUUGGAAGACAUCUCUCCUCACCAGCUGUCCGCCCACCACAGGCUGGCCAGACUGGUGAAGACCAGGACCUACCUGGACUGGCCAAAAGAGCCAGAACAAUACCAAGAUUUUUGGGACCGACUUUGGGCUACGCUGGCCCCAAAACAUGGCCAGUGACUUGAAUACAUUUAAAAACUAAAGUCCAAGUUUUCUGAAUG